CCGGGCCAGGGCGUCCGGCCAGCGCAUUCCUCCCUGCCGCCGCCUCGGAGCGCCCGCGGAGCCGCCCACCAUGUCUAUGGGCCUGGAGAUCGGAGGGGUGACCCUGUCYGUGCUGGGCUGGCUCUGCAGCAUCAUCUGCUGCGCGCUGCCCAUGUGGCGCGUCACGGCCUUCAUCGGCAACAACAUCGUGACGGCGCAGAUCAUCUGGGAAGGGCUCUGGAUGAACUGCGUGGUGCAGAGCACRGGGCAGAUGCAGUGCAAGGUGUACGACUCCAUGCUGGCGCUGCCGCAGGACCUGCAGGCCGCCCGCGCCCUCCUCGUCGUGGCCAUCGUGUUGGCCGUGCUGGGUCUGCUGGUGGCCAUCGUGGGGGCGCAGUGCACCCGCUGCGUCGAGGAUGAGACCACCAAGGCCAAGAUCACCAUCGUCUCUGGCGUCAUCUUCCUGCUCUCCGGCAUCAUGACCCUCAUUCCCGUCUCCUGGUCGGCCAACACCAUCAUCCGGGAUUUCUACAACCCGCUGGUGCUUGACCCGCAAAAGCGGGAGCUGGGCACGUCCCUCUACGUGGGCUGGGCGGCCUCGGCGCUGYUGCUCUUCGGGGGCUCCCUGCUCUGCUGCUCCUGCCCGCCCAAAGACGAGAGGUACGCGCCCAGCAAGGUGGCCUACUCGGCGCCGCGCUCCGCCGUCACCAGCUACGACAAGAGGAACUAUGUGUGAGGAGCGGGGCCGCCCGCCGCGCACCCGGCAAGGGCAGCGGCCGCCUCCGGGCGGACUUUCAUCUCCACCCCGGGGAGGGUUUUCUCUCUGACCUAUGGCUCCCUGGCUCCGAGGAACCCCCUGUCCGACCAGACCCCUUGCCCGGCCCGCGGGGACCCCUCUGCCGAGGCCCGGGAGGACUCGUUCCUCUGAGCCGGACGCGGCCAUCCCCUCGGCGUCRUCCUGCGCUGCGGCGGGGGCCUCGCCUGGGCAAAGGGCACGGGGGCCGAGCGCCACGGGGGGGUUACUCGAACAAGGAGGGUCCCGCGGCUCCCCUGCCCCAUGCGCAGGGUGGCC